CAGUGUGGGGCGUGCAGAAGGCAGCCCAUCCGUGAUUCUCUCUCAUUGAUGUUUCUCUCUCUCUCUCCCUCUCCCUUCCGCUCUGAAAUUUAUAAAAAGAUACUUAAAAAAGAAAAUCCUGUUUCUGUUUCUGAAAGUCCUAUUUCUGCUUUUUGGUGAGUGAUCCGCAUCCUUGCCCCUGGACAGCAUUCUGGGGUGUCAGGGGCUGGGAAGGGGGUGAAUGGAAGGGGCGGAGCCCCCGCUCUCCUGCCGGAAGCCGCCGGGCCUUGUGCGCCUGCGUGCUUCCCCACGUUCCGGGGAGGACUCCUCUCCCUCGUUCCGCCGGGCGGCCCUUCCCGGCCGCGGGCAGCCAUCUUGCCCGGAGCUGGAGAGGGGGAAGGGUGACGCCGGCCUCGGGGCCGCCCCGGGGGCCUGGAGAGCCGGAGGCAGCCCGGGAGGCGGCUCCCGAUCCAGGCCCCGUCCUCGGAGCCGGAAAGGGAAGGCGGGGCGGUGGGGGCCAGGCGCCCGCGGGCGGACGCGGCGGAGGAGGAGGCCGGGGAAUGGCCGCGGUGUGGCAGCAGGUCUUAGCCGUAGACGCGAGGACUUCGAGGAUGAUCCUCGGGCCCUGGGGGCCCGCGGGCACCGCCGUUCUGUCAGCCGAGGCUCCUACCAGCUGCAGGCACAGAUGAACCGCGCCGUCUAUGAGGACAGGCCCCCUGGCAGUGUGGUCCCCACAUCAGCAGCGGAAGCGAGUCGAGCCAUGGCUGGGGAUACGUCGCUGAGUGAGAACUACGCCUUUGCGGGCAUGUACCAUGUUUUUGACCAGCACGUGGACGAGGCAGUGCCCCGGGUGCGCUUCGCCAAUGACGACCGCCACCGCCUGGCCUGCUGUUCGCUCGACGGCAGCAUCUCCCUGUGCCAGCUGGUGCCCGCUCCGCCCACCGUGCUCCGCGUGCUGCGGGGCCACACCCGUGGCGUCUCGGACUUCGCCUGGUCCCUCUCCAAUGACAUCCUCGUGUCCACCUCACUCGAUGCUACCAUGCGCAUCUGGGCCUCUGACGAUGGCCGCUGCAUCCGGGAGAUCCCCGACCCCGAUGGCGCCGAGCUGCUCUGCUGCACCUUCCAGCCGGUCAACAACAACCUCACCGUGGUCGGGAAUGCCAAGCAAAACCUGCACGUCGUCAACAUCUCCACGGGCAAGAAGGUGAAGGGCGGGUCCAGCAAGCUGACAGGCCGGGUCCUGGCUCUGUCCUUCGACGCCCCUGGCCGGCUGCUCUGGGCAGGGGAUGACCGAGGCAGUGUAUUCUCCUUCCUCUUCGACAUGGCCACAGGGAAGCUGACCAAGGCCAAGCGCCUGGUGGUGCAUGAAGGCAGCCCUGUGACCAGCAUCUCUGCCCGCUCCUGGGUCAGCCGCGAGGCCCGAGACCCCUCGCUGCUCAUAAAUGCUUGUCUCAACAAGCUGCUGCUCUACAGGGUGGUGGACAACGAGGGCACCCUGCAGCUGAAGAGGAGCUUCCCCAUCGAGCAGAGCUCGCACCCCGUCCGCAGCAUCUUCUGCCCGCUCAUGUCCUUCCGCCAGGGCGCCUGCGUGGUGACGGGCAGCGAGGACAUGUGCGUGCACUUCUUCGACGUGGAGCGGGCAGCCAAGGCCGCGGUGAACAAGCUGCAGGGCCACAGCGCCCCGGUGCUGGACGUGAGCUUCAACUGCGACGAGAGCCUGCUGGCUUCCAGCGACGCCAGCGGCAUGGUCAUCGUCUGGCGGCGGGAGCAGAAGUAGGAGCCUCCAGCCCCACCCUGCCCACCUUCCCACCCGGCCCGCGCUCCGGCCUCCUGUUUGUAAAUAAAGAUCCUGUGCUCGUGCCCA